AUGAUCCAAAAGCUCUCCGCUGCUAUCGACGUUACCAUCGGCACAGAACAAGGGCACCCGAUGUCCCCUGAGCUCUUCAAAGUUUAUAUCCACGAGCUUUCCAUCAGACUGGAACAAAUCGAAGAGCUGAAUGUCCCAAUUUUAAACGGCAUCAAAGUAAGCCACCUCCUAUGGGCUGACGACUUAGUCCUCCUAGCACUUGACGCGUUCAGCCUACAAACGUUGCUGAAUUGCUUGCACGACUAUGCAGAAAAAUGGGAGUUAUCAGUGAACAUCGAAAAAAUCAGUGUGAUGGUCUUCAAUACAAGCUCACGAACACUUAAAUGUUCUUAUGGCUUUAAACUAGGAAGCCUGGACAUUAUACCAGUAAAAAGAUACUGCUAUCUCGGAAUCCAAUUCUCUCUGAAUGGAUCGUUUAAGCAAGCUAUCGACGAACUUAGGAAGAAAGCUCUACGCUCAUUCUUCUCAAUGAGGCGAAUUAUCAACACAAAAGCGCUAUCUACCAGCACGAUGCUUAAACUCAUCGAUAGUCUAGUAAAGCCUGUAGCGACCUAUGCAUGUCCCGUCUGGCUCUCAUCAACAAACAUCGUAAAGGCUAUCCUGUCGAAAAAAGAAGAAGUGAGCCUGCCUAAAUCUGCAGCUAAAGAUCCUCUCGAAACAACUCAUCUGAAGAUUCUCAAAUGGAUACUGUACUAG